AUGACUGAUUAUAAGUUUAGUAUUCUCAUUAAGGUACUUGUUUUUAUUUUAUUCUAAACAAGAGCUGUUUUGGCGAUACUUAAGACAGAUGUAUCUUCAAGUAGAAAGAUAUUCUAAGAAGAAUAACGAUUAUAGUUGGAGUUCAACGAAUUGCUUUCAAGUCAGAGCCAAUUCCCUGUUAAUCCUUAAAUUAUUCCUUUUUGUUAGGUGGAAAACGACUCUGAUAAACUAAGCGCUCAUUUACUUUACAGAUUUUUUUAGCUUUCAAGUUUUAAUGCUUAACUUAAAGUUAAAAAGAACUACUAAUUUGAAUGUACAAAAGAGUACACAGAUGAAGAAAUCAUCUUAUUGAAAAGACUUAUAGACUAAGACUACAAAAUGAAUAUUAAUUUAGAUGACUUUCCAAUAUUUGAGGAUGGAAAUAAAAUAGGUUUAUAACUUGGUAAAAAAGAAGGAGAUAAAUAUUACAUCAACAAUUAUAUAUACAUGCUUAUAAACACAUAUGAGAUAAAACCAAAAGAGCAUAUUAUAGACUCUUUUUUUGGACAUCCAAUUAGCUACAAUAUAGAAUCUGCUUUAUGGGAGUAAUAGGAUUUUGACACUGUCAUAAUGAAAAAUGAAAAAAAAUAAGAAAUAAAAGGGAAUAGAUUGACUUUUAUCUACCAAGUUCAUGUCAAUGUUAUCAACAACGAAAAUGAUAGAAUAAAAAGAGAAAAAGUUUUUUAAAUUUUAAAUUUAUAUAUCAAAUAAGACAUAGAUAGUUUUGUAUUCUUGUGGAUUCCACUUACUGUUACUUCAAUUUUACUUGUUUACAAAAUCAGUAAACUUGCAAAUGAAAAGCAAAAAAAAACAUAAAAACAUAGUAUAAAGUAUCAAUAGCUAGAUAGCUUUGAAUAGAAGAGCUAAUAGAAAGAUGAAGAAAUAGAUGAAAAUUUAACUAGCUGGCAAUCAUUAGAAACUGAAGUCUUUAGACCUCCAUCAAAAUAAGGUCUCUUAGCUUGUUUUAUCGGAUUUGGGUUUUUAUAGUUUCUUAAUUUACUGUCCUUGGUAGCUCUAGAAUUGGUUAAUUCAUUUAUAUUGUAAUAGUAUGGAUAAGGUUUAUUUAAAAACAGUGAUGAUAUUUUAAUGAAAUAUUUGUAUUCAAGCUCUUUUUCUUCUAUGAUCUACGGAUAUGCUUCUAGUCUUUACUAUUCUAGAUUUUAAGGGUAAUCUAAGUUUCAAAUAUUUUCCUGCUUGAUAAUAUAUUAUUUAUUAUUUUUACUUAUACUCUUCUUUUUAGAAGAGAAAAAUCAUUUAAAACUUAUUGAUUUGGGAUUAGCUUACUAAUAAAAUGUAGACUCAGAUUGCCAUUCUAUAAUUGUAGGCUUUUUUAUGCUGAUCCCACUUCCAAUUUUAAUAGGAUAUUUAGCUGGUUUUGUGAGAUCUAAAACGGAGCUUAAACUCAGGUUUAACCUACCUUCGUUUCUUAACCUUCCAUCUUCAAAUCAUAAAACAUUCAUAUUUAAAAGAUCAAUCCUCAGUGGUUUUCUAAAUUUUUUGAUUGUCAUAUACCCUAUAAAUAAAAUAGCUCAUAGUAUUAUAGCUUUUAACAUUUUAGCAGUUAAUAAGUUAGCUCUCAUAGCUUAAUUCUUAUUGAUAAUAUUGUAAAUUUCUCUCAUCACAGUUUUCUUAACAUAUUAAGAUUUAAAUAGAGGGUAUUAUAAGUGGUAAUGGAAAUCUUUUUGGAUGGGAGGCUCUAUAGGCUUUUACAUUUAUUUUUAUUUAAUAGGAUACUUAUAUUUUGCCGAAAAUUAAAGUUUUUAAGAUAUUCUCUAUUUGAAUCAAUACUUAAUCCCAAUAUGUUUGACAACAAUACUGAUAUGUGGAAGUUGUUCAAUUCAAUUAUCAUACAAUUUUGUAAAUCAUCUAUAUUAUAAAUUUUUAAAUUAAUAUAAGAAGCAAGGUAAUUAAUGA